GCGGAGCCAGCCUACACACAGCCUUGUUCAUUUCCAGGCCGGGUAGAACCCCAGCAACACCGCUGAAAUCGGUUCAACCUAUGAAGAUUGGGCUUUUCAAUCUCCAUCCAUCCUUUGCAUAGACAGCAUUUUGUGGAAAUAUAUCACUGUCACUGAUCAGAAGAUACACUAAGUCGUUGAGUUGAAUCAGAAGACACUGGGAAGAGGCGCUACAAAAAAUUUCCAUACUCGAUGACAUUACAUCGCAAUGUCCGAUCGUUUGGGGCAAAUAACCAAGUCCAAGGAUGGGAAAAGCAAGUAUUCCUCACUUAGCCUAUUUGACAAGUACAAGGGAAAAUCAACUGAAAAUCAGAAAAACGCAGUAGUUCCGCGACAUGGCUUGCAGAGUCUUGGCAAAGUGGCCGCAGCCCGGCGCAUGCCCCCGCCUGCUCACCUGCCGAGCUUGAAGUCUGAAAACAAAGGAAACGAUCCCAACGUGAUUAUUGUGCCGAAAGACGGUACAGGAUGGGCGAACAAGCAGGAGCAACCCGAUCAAAAGAGUUCUAUUGCAUCAAUACCACAGCUGCCGGAGUUGCAGCCACAGCUGGCUUCACAGAAAUCUGUCUCCAAUCUUCAGAAGCCCUCACUGGUAGCCAACCAAGAGAACACAAACACAGGUGGACCAAAGCAAUGGGCCCAGCUAAAUGGAAAGGCAGUAGAAAAAGAUGGUUCAAGGGCCUUAAACCGACUUCAGCCCUUCUCUCACGAGGAAUUUCCCACGCUGAAGGCAGCUGGAGAACAGGACAGGGCUGGCAAGGAAAGAAGCGGCUUCGAUCCGUCGUAUGGGCCCGGACCAAGCCUCCGCCCCCAGAAUGUGACGAGCUGGAGGGAAGGUGGUGGCAGGAACCUUCAGCCCUCGUCCCUGACCCUCGGCUUGCCAGCAGAUCCUGAGGGUAAGCUCACUGCCCUGGGUGAGAAUGGCACCCCUCCCGCCUCAUCUCACCCCCCAUCUGCCACCGUGACAACCUCUUCUAGUGUAGUGACGGCUCAGUCACCAGUCCUUGACCCCAAGGAGCCUUCGCUGAGACCCGCCCAGCCUGUCCGCAGAACAACCAUCCCUACUGCUCUGCAGUAUCAGCUUAAUCACACUUCGAAUGCUGUCUACCAUGACAUGUUGCCUGCAUUUAUGUGCUCCAGAGAGACACGUGAAGCCCCAGGUACAGACCACGUUCCUGCCACUGUAGCAGCUCCAGCCCGAUUUGACAACAAACCUACUUUUAGACAGGGCUAUGCCAAACCUGAGCUUGUCAAUGGUGAUGUGAGAAGAGAGAACCGCUUUGUUCGCGCUCCACCUCGACCCUCUUCUCAGCCCAUCCGCAGGCCUGGUGACAGACCGCAACGUCCAGCCAUCAUUAAUGCAGAGGACCUGAAGGAUCUGGAUGAACUCGACCAUGACUGUGAGGAUGGGUGGGCAGGACUCCAUGAGGAAGUUGACUAUAGUGAGAAGCUUAAGUUCAGUGAUGACGAAGAUGACCCCUCCGGUGAAAAGAAAAGGAUGUGGACUGAAUGGGAGAAGGAGAGGGAGAGAGAGCUCCAGCGUGACUGCAUAUCCUCCCUAAGUUCAGGUGAGGUGUCCUACCCUCAGGAGGGCCCUGAGGAGAGCUAUUCCUACCAACACCACCAUCCAGAGCAGCCCAGGAAGACCAACAGCAGAUAUCUCCCUACGGACGCACUGGUCCAGCAGAAAAUCCAAGGUGAGCCACUGGCUGACCAAGAUGAUCGCCAGUCUCAGGCUCCAGCAAGGGCAAAGUACGUGUCACCUGAGCUGCUGGAGGCUGUUGAGAGAGCUCGCAGACGCCGGGACGAGGAGGAGAGGCGUGCCCGUGAGGAACGGCUGGCUGCCUGUGCUGAAAAACUUAAAAAGCUGGAUGAGAAGUUUGGGAAGACUGAAAGGCAGACAUCAAGAACAGAGGAGUGCCAGAUAGAGGGAGAUGGCAAAGAGGUUCCACUUUCCCCAGAUAGGGAACAGAGUAAAGGCCACAUUGAGAACUGGCAGUACAGCACAAAAGAUGGAAGUGAGUGUCCCCAAGACCACUCUCCUGGCCAGAGUUAUCGCGAGGAACCUGCUUUCUCUAACUACCGUGCCAGUGAGGAUGAUGUCCAGGAGCCCAUCUCCCCCUCCGGAGACUACGGUGGACGUCAUCCCUCCAAACCCAUCCCACCCCGCUUUCAAAAGCAGCCACAGCAGCCACAGCAGCCACAGCAGCCACAGCAGCCACAGCACCAUCAACAGCAGGAACAAGUCUACAAGAUGCAGCACUGGCAGCAGUCGGGUCACCCUGCCCCAUCUGGCUCAAGCCACAGCCAGCGGGGCUACUAUCCCCCACAUGUCCUCGGGUUCGAUCCCCGCUGGAUGAUGAUGCCUCCUUUCAUGGAUCCCCGUAUGACCCAAGGACGAUCUCCUGUUGACUACUACCCCAGUGCUGUCCACUCUUCAGCAGGAAUGAUGAAACCCAUGAUGCAUCAAGACCACCUGAACAGCCCUGGUUCCGAUGAGGGAUGCCAUUCAAACCUGCACCAGGAGAGGAGAGCCCCUUCCACUGAGCCUUACCCUAUGUGGAACCAAGAUGGCUACCCCUUGCGCAGCUUCACUCCACCUUACCAGAGACCGCAUGAAAGCUCAGACAGUGGUCAGCCCGAUGACAGAAAUGAUAUGGCCUGCACCCAACAGGACUCCUAUGAAGAGAGGGCCACUGAGUGCUUGAGCCACCCCCGAGAUGAUAUCCCCCAUCAUACUUACCAGAGUCGAGGCCCAGACAGAGAACACCAACACCAUGACCAAGGCUUGCUGACCACUGCGCAGAACCACUCGUUGAUUCAUGCAGAUAGUGAUUACCCAAAACAAGACUGUAGAGACAAGAAUCAGAAAGACGGCAGUGAAACUCACGAUGAGACCUCAGAUGGCUCAAAGGACAAUUGGAAAAGAGAUGGAGGCCAGAAACAAGAUGGAGGACUCAACAAUGUCCAAAGCCAGUGGUCCGAGCCUACUUCCAGUUCCAGUAGUAAUAUUAGCCAGCCAUCUGAGAGCACUGGGCGCACCUUGACUCGCAGAACUGGUCCCAUCAAGAAACCAGUACUCAAGGCUCUCAAAGUCGAAGAUAAAGAGAAUGAGAAGCCUAAACCUGAGCCCGAGGAGAAGCCUGUCCCUUACCGCUUGGAGAAAGAAGUCCUGACUAAUGUUUACGACUUGAAGAAAGAUAGCCAGCCUGCCAGCAACCGGCGUUCAGCAUCACCCAUUGUUGAGAAACAGCAUGAAGAGAGGCAGCGGCAGUCACCAGCUCCCACCAAAAUCGACAGGCCUCUGAGCACCCAUAGUGAUGACUCUCCCAAAGAGAGCGCAUGGGACAUUGGCAAGAACCAGUCACCUAGAGAAAGCCAGGAAAUUCAGGAGCCUCAAGCACCACGGCGCAAUAACUGGAUCUUCAUUGAUGAAGAACAGGCCUUUGGUGCAGUCAGGGGAACAGGUAGAGGCCGCAGUCGAGGAUUUAGGGAAUUUAGCUCAAGAGGUGGAACCCGUGGUGGCCGAGUUGGAGACAAUCUCAGGGGGGCUUAUAACAACAAUAACAACAGCAGUGGUGCUCAGCGGACCGGCAGAGGCAGAGCAUCUAGGGACCUUGUCAAGGUGGAGGAGUUCCAGAGGGGCAAGCCUCGCAGGCGCAAUGUCAGUGAGACCUUAAGUGAAACCUCUGAGUAUGAGGAACUGCCCAAGAGGCGCCGAGAGAAGGGAUCUGAAAAUGGAGACGGUUACACAGAGUCUGGAGAAGUCCGUAAGGCUGAUAGAGACUCUUGGAGAUCCAACAAGGUGUACACCGAUGACCAGACAGCCGCAGAUUCCAGAGAAAAGACCAAGGCCAGCCGGGGUUUCGGAGGUCGCAUGCUCCCUCCCAGGCUGAACACCCCUGGAAGUUACAGUCGAGGCUUUGGAGGUCCCAGGGACAUUUCUACAUGGAGAGGCCGUGGGCCCCAGUUUAGUAGCACUGGUGGCUCCAUGCAAGAAAAUGGUUAUGUUCCUGGAGCUGAGACGACUUACUCCCGCAGACCCCCUCCUGUUGAACGUGAGACUCUUAAGUACCCACCUAAAUUCACUGGCUCCUUCAUGGAAAAUGGCACAGAGGAAGGAGAAUACUACUUUGACAAUGACAACCCCGAUAGGCAGAUGUUACGAAGACGGCGUCCACCCCGUCAAGACAAGCCUCCACGCUUCCGUCGUCUACAACAACCUGAACCUGGCUCAAACCAGUGGACAAGUGAUGAGUACAUAAAUGGAGACUUGGCUAACCCCUGGCCUGGUCGCCCUAAAGGCAGUGGGGAAGACAACUGGCCCAGUGGCCACUACCCUGGUGGACGCCCAAGCCAGCCUGGUCAGGCAGAGGAAUGGGAGACUGGAUCAGAGAACAGCGACUUUGACUGGAGGGAGAAGCGAGGUGGAAGUGGAGCCGCAGCUCCACAAGGACAUGGUGAUGUUCCCUCAGACCCUGGCCAUAGUGAGCCAGGCUCUGGCGAGAAGAGGGAACUUUGCAAGAGAAGCUUCUCUAGCCAGAGACCAUUGGUGGAACGGCAGAACAGGAAAGGAGAGCCAUCACUGCUAGAAGUGAGCAAGAUGGGACGUACUCCUGAUAAUCCCGCCUCCUCCUCCAACAGGAGUGACAGUUGGCAGAAUGGAGGGACUUCUUGUAAAAGCAGAAACCCAGAUGAGUCGGGCCCAGUCUACAGCAUAGAGCAACCAGAGGAGCGGGAGCCCAAUGAACCCUCAGGGAAGAAAUUUGAUAAGGAACUGAAACAAGGAUCUAUCAGGACGGACAUAACUGAACCUCUGUCCCAAUAUGAGCUCAGCGGCUACCCAAUUGAGGGGGAUUCAGGGGGACCAGUUUCAAAUCCAGAUGGAUACCAGGAUGCCUUGUCCAAAAAGCAAAGACGCCCACAGGAGGAUGAUAGGAGGAGGAAGGAGCAGGGAUCUGCUGUUCCAGUGAAGAACAGGACAAUUGCAUCCAAGAUACCACCACGCUUUGCAAAAAAGCAGGGAAGCAUGAGCAUUGAACAACCUGAGGAGGCGCUGUCUUCCAACAACCUGGGAACCGAAAUCUGGGAGACCAACAGCUCCGCUCUUUCAGUACAGUCCUCAGGGGGAGACUCGUGGACUAAGCAGGUGUCUUACACUGGGAGCGAGCCCAACUCUGAGGACUCUGAUGCUGGUCCAGAGCAGAGUAAAGAACAGCACAAGCCAGGGCCCAUUGGAAAUGAACGCUCCCUAAAGCACCGCAAGGGAUCAGAAGGUGUUGAUCGGCUGGAAGGUGGCCCGAUAACGCCAGUCAAUGGCGUGGACCUCCAUGUGGACACUGCGCUGCCUGUGCCUCCUAUUGAGUUUGGUGUCAGUGCCAAGGACUCUGAUUUCAGCCUACAGCCGGGCUCCACCCCAGUUCCCCUGUCCAAUCCUGUACACAAGCUUCAGGAUGCACUUAUUACCAAUCUGUUUGUCUUUAAACAGACUGCUCUCAACCAGGGUAUCCCCAUGCUGCGUUCCAACCACCUGCAGCCUGGCAUGAACCUCAACCCCAUGUCCUUCCCCAGUGCUGACCUCACUCUCAAGAUGGAAUCCGCACGCAAAGCGUGGGAGAACUCCCAGUCUCUACCCGAACAGGGCUCUCCCGGCGGCGUUGCUUCCGGUAUUCAGCCCCCAUGCAGCAUUGGCUCCUCCAGUGGUGUUAGCUACAGUUCUUUUGGAGGGGUUUCAAUGCCUCCAAUGCCUGUGGCAUCAGUAGCACCUUCCAUGUCCAUGCAAGGUAGUCAUAUUCCCCCGUUGUAUCUGGAUGCUCAUGUUUUUCCUAGCCAGACCCGCCUUGUACCUCCCAGCAUGAGCCAGCAGCAGACCUACCAACAGGCAGCUGCAGCCCAGCAGAUUCCCAUCUCUUUACACACGUCUCUUCAGGCUCAGGCUCAGUUGGGGCUUCGGGGAGGUCUACCCGUCUCUCAGUCCCAAGAGAUGUUCAACUCUAUUUCCUCCUUCAGGUCCCAGGUUUACAUGCACCCCAACCUGUCUCAGCCCAGCCCCAUGGUGCUGUCAGGCGGAGCCCCUCUCAAGGGGCCCUACUCAGCUUUCCCUGGCAUGCAGCCCUCAGACAUGGUCAAGACACAGUCAGGCUCCCACUAUCAGCCCAUGAAUGGCAGCCAGCAGCUAGUCUAUGACGGCCAGAUGAACCAAGGGCCUGGUAUGGGUUCUUCCCAGCUAAUGGACUCUCAGCUCAUCCAGGUGACCAUGCCCCUACCUGGCUCUCAGCUGCGCUAUGGCUCUGCUCAGCAGCAUCUCAUCCUCCCACAGUCGAUCCAGCUGCAGCAGGGUCAGAACCUGUCAGUUGGUGGCCCCCGCCGAAUGAUGCCACCUGGUUCCCAGCCUGCGGUCAUGACUGGCAGUCGAGAGGGCUCACAGAUGGAAAUGAAAGGCUAUCAGUUUGCUGAGAAGCCCAAUCAUUCCCAAGGCAUGUCUGGACCCUACAGGCCUGGGUCUGCCAGUCCCAUUGGGAAGCCCUCUGGUCCUGGGGGGCCUGUAGGCCCAUUGCCUCCACAUUAUGCUCAGCAGGUCCCAACUGUUCAGGGCAGCAUGGUGAUGCACAUGCGCCCACCCCCCACUGGCCCUUUCCCCAACCCCAUUCAGAGACCAGUCAUGCAGCUCAACAAGCCUGUCCUCAUCCGCCCCCCCCCUUACCCCAAUCCUGGCCGUGACCUUUCCCACUCCACCCCUCCCUCGGUCCCCGAGCCCCCUAAUAAAGGGCCAGAGGAUGGCAUGAAGAAUAAAACCAUGCGAGAAUUGCGCAAGGCAGUGGGUGAGGGCAAGACACCAUCUGGGGGCAUGACCAGCAAACUCCAGGAGCCCCUACCCUCCACGGGGCAAGCCAAACCAGCACGCUCGGGAGCCAUCAAACCCCAGGCUGUCAAAGUAGAGGAGGCGAGGCAUAACAAUGGACUUUAAAAUCCUCAACACCACUCAGCCUGCCAACACAAGCCCCUUGACCAAUGUCUGAGCCUUCCAAGACCCACCUUAUCCCGUGGCAACGGGCAUACAUGCAGACAUCAUAAUGAACUCUCAGAACUGGACACUAUUAUUUCACACCGCGUAUAGAGAUAUAUAAAUAUAUAUAUAAAUAUAUACAUAGACAAACACAGUCUUUUAAACAGAUCUCUUCAAGGUCCUCUUUAAUUUAUUAUUAGUCACUUUUAAGAGAUUGGUAAAGAGAAAAGAUAUUUCUUUUUUUCUUUUUUUUUUGUGUUUCUCUCCAAAGUGGAGAAAGGAAAAUGGCCAACUCAGACAGAUGGUUCAUUUUUCAUACCAUUUUGCCAAACUAUUUACUCCCUCUUUAUGGACUAGAGCCGUUAAGACCAGGCAGACUCUUGAUACAACUAUGAGAAGCAAAGUCUUUUUUCUUUUUUUUUAAACAAUUUGAAAUGCUGUUUUUGUCAUUUUACAUUAGCAUUUUUGCUGGUAAUUGUAAAGAUCACCCAUUUAUGCUAUUGUUAAAUGACUUAUUUUAUUAACCCAUGGGAAAAGAAAUCCUCCAAUUUGUGGCCAUCAUUGCAUGUCAACAUGGCAAAAGUCGAGUGCAUCGCCCUAGAGAUGCAUCUUCUGGGGUCCUUAAGCCAGCCCAUGAACUGUGGUGAAACUCAGUUCUUUUCUUUUACAUUCUUUUGCUCACUCUUCUGUAUGUAAAUUUAAAAUUAAAAGGUGGACAUUUUUACCAAAAUCAUGUUGCUUCCAUGAAACUUCACCGGCAUUGAUUCAGCGUGUGCAUGUGACGUGCCGAACGUGUGUAAACUUGCGGGACAACAGAGCAACAUUUCACAAAGACUGUACCUGAACUCAGCAUUCACAGUGCUGCCAUCGACUGUGUGGAUUUUGCUCAACUAAGCUGGCAACAAUUAUUAUUAUUUUAUUUUUUUUGGCUCAUUGUGAAGUUUUUGUGUGGAGGGAGGGGGCUGCAUUAGCAAUUGCUGGAAAGGACCCCCACUCCCCCCAAAAAAUAGCUGAUUGAAAUGUUUGCUUUCUUAUUGCUGUGUUUGGGUUGUAAUUAAUCGAAUCUGUUAAUGAACAUGUGAUGAAUUUUACAUCCCUCAGUCUGGGGCGUUUAGCUUUCUUCUUUAAAAGCUCUUAAAAGACUUUUCUCUAAUUCCGUUAAAAUCCCAUUUAACAGUACUAUGGAGACUUGUGAAGGAACGGAUUCAUCCCCAUUUGAUUAUUCAGCAUCUGGUCUCUGAGUUGGCUCGAGCAAUAAGUGCAGCCUAACUAUAAUCACAAUCAGGGUCCAAAAAACUUUUUUUCCCCCUGUUUGAAGCUAACGGAUCACAAAUGACGGGGCGUAUAGCAUCGCUUGUUGAAUUAACAUACAGUUUGCUUAAGCUUUAUUUGUGAGCGCUGCAGUUCCAGAGGACUACGAAGGACUUUUAAAGUGUUUGUUCUAUUUGAAAAUGUGAAGCUGUUGGAAUCAUCAUUUGUUUAGGUUUUUGUAUUGGACACUCAUUUUGAAACUCACAAUGCCAAACCAAACUGGUUAAAUGUUACCGCUUAUCAUAACGCUCCAUGACACUACAAAAAUGUUGCGAUUUAUCUUUGACAGUGUUUCACUGGUUUAUAUGUAUAUGCAUAUUUUACUGUACAGUCGAGCCUCGUCAGCGAGGGGAGGCUUAAACCCACAUUUCAUUUUAGAUAUUGUGGCACUAUAAAGGAUUUAACGUUGAAAAGGUCACUGUUCUCAGAACGGACGGCUUUCACUUGUUAGGUUUAUCGGGCUUGGAGUGUUUUUUUUGUUGUUUUUUUUUUUGCCUCAUCCCUUCCCGCAAAAGAUCCUGAUGCUUCUCAUCACUGUACCUGCACCAAAAUGUUGUCCUGACUUUUUUUUUACUUUUAAGAUGCAUAUUUCAUUUUGUCAAAAGGACCAGUGCUUUUACAGCUGAUCCAGCAUUCUAUUUAUCCUACCUGAUCUGUAUCCUUUCAGAUAUUUGGUCAUUACUCUCCCUUGUUAAAAAAAAAGAAGCUUAUUGAAAGAAAAGAAAUAAAGCAGUUGUGAUUUCAUAAAUGUA